AUGGCUGACUUUGACGAUGAUGGGUUUGAAAUCACAGAUGACGUUUUAACACAACUUAAAUUGUCAGAUUAUUGGUCAAAAGACCAAAUAUACGGACGGACACCCGUUUGCGAGGACUGUAAAAAUGACGAAACUAAUAAUACACCAACAAAUGUUGUCAUGUCUUUAUGCGAGGACUUGUUGAAUAAAGGACAUACUCUCUUUACCGACAACUGGUAUACUAGCGUAGAUUUGGCACGAAAGCUCAUAGACAAAGAAACGCACCUGGUAGGAACCAUUCGCAAAAAUAGAAGACAGUUGCCUAAAGAUGUUGUAACUGCUAAACUACGAAAAGGCGAGUUUGCUGCAGCUGAGAGCUUUGAUGGAAUAACUAUGAUGAAAUGGAAGGACAAGCGUGACGUAUAUGUGCUGUCCACGAAGCAUUCGAUACAAUUUCAAGAUGUAAAUAAACGUGGCAAAAUUGUGUCUAAACCAAAAAUUGUUGUAGACUAUAAUCAAGCCAAGGGGGCAGUUGAUUUGGCUGAUCAAUUGGCUGCUUAUUCAACACCUUUGAGAAAAUCCCUUAAGUGGCAUAAAAAGCUCGCCAUUAAUUUAUUGCUCAAUACUAGAUUGGUGAACACCCAUAUUUUGUAUCAAAAAGUCACAAAUAAAAAGAUACCUAUAAGUGACUUUAGAAAAGGAAUUGUGGAACCAUUUUGUACGCAGACACAUGUACAAAAAAUUGAAGAUGUAAGACCUAAAAGGUUGAAACACAAACUGGUGAAGAAAGAAGGAAAGAGUUCAGUUGUCAGGAGAUCACGCUCUCAGUGUUACAAGAACAUUGUACAGAGUGAAGGAAGGAAGCAAGCUAAAAAUAAAGUAAAAAAAGUACAAACGUUUUGUAAUGAUUGUCCAAAUAAACCAUUUUUGUGUUUGGAUUGCUUCAAUAAAGCACAUCGUGCUGUUUAA